AAUAAUUAAAAUAUAAUUUUAUUUUAAUUUCUAUAUUUUAAACAAAUCUUUAAAAUUAUCUAUUUUUAUAGGAGGAUUUUGACGUUCACUAGGCAAUGCGGCCAUGCCGCCAUGUAUCCGCCGAUUCUCUUGCUUCAGUAAUGCUUCUCUUCUUCCGAUUUCCGACCUCCUCAAGCUCUGCAAGACCCCCAUCGACCUCCAGCAACUCCAUGCUCGUCUCGUCCAGAAAGGGCUCGAGCAAGAUCAUUUCCUUGUGACCCAAUUCGUUUCAACUUCCAACUCAAUUGCCAACAUUUCAUAUUCUACAUCCGUCUUCGAUCGUGUUCUAUCGCCUUCUACCUUUCUCUGGAACACUCUUGUUCGUGGCUACUGUGAGAAGUUGCAAUUUGUAGAUACUAUUUCGUUAUUUGUGCGUAUGAAGAGGGAGGAGGGCGUUCCUGAUCGGUACACAUUUCCUUCGCUUCUCAAGGCUUGUGCAAGUGAGGGAAAGGUGAGGGAAGGUAUGGCCCUUCAUGGAUCCAUUUUGAGAUGUGGCGUUGAUGAGGAUUUAUAUGUUACGACGAGUUUGGUGAAUUUGUAUGGGAAGGGUGGGUUAAUCGAGUGUGCACGUAAGGUGUUUGAUAGAAUGUCAGAGAAGAAUGUGGUUUCUUGGACAUCUAUGAUUGUUGGGUAUUCGAGUACUGGGAAUUUGGUGGAGGCGAAGAGGCUUUUUGACUCGAUGCCGGAGAGAAAUGUUGCGUCGUGGAAUGCAAUUAUUGGUGGGUACAUGAAAAUGGGUGAUUUAAAGAGUGCUGAGAAGGUGUUCGAUGAAAUGCCAGAGAAGAAUGUUGUGUCUUUCACAACAAUGAUCGAUGGGUAUGCAAAAGCGGGCGACAUGGUUUCUGCCAGGAAUUUAUUUCAAAAGGCACCAGAAAGAGAUAUUGUCGCAUGGUCGGCUUUGAUAUCUGGAUAUGCACAAAAUGGUCAGCCAAAUGAGGCAGUCAAGACCUUUCUUGAAAUGGGUUCUAGGAAUGUGAAACCUGAUGAGUUUGUAUUGGUUAGCUUAAUGUCAGCUUGUUCCCAAGUGGGCAAUUUGGAUUUGGCCAAAUGGGUUGAUUCAUAUGCUAGCAAGUGUUUAGUUGAUCUUCGUGGGGCUCACGUUAGGGCUGCUCUAAUCGAUAUGAAUGCUAAGUGUGGGAACAUGGAGCGAGCCAUGGAUCUGUUUGAAGAAAUGCCUAAAAGGGAUCUGAUUUCUUAUUGUUCUGUAAUGCAAGGGUUGUCACUCCACGGGUGUGGAGAUCAGGCUGUGUCACUCUUCGAGAGGAUGCUUGGUGAAGCUCUAACUCCCGAUGAAGUAGCCUUCACAGUCAUCUUAACAGCUUGUAGCCGUGCUGGACUUGUGGAUGAAGGUUGGCAUUACUUUGAAAUCAUGAGGAGUAAAUACUCCAUGGUUCCCUCUCCUGAUCACUAUGCAUGUAUUGUUGAUCUUCUUAGUCGAUCUGGGAGACUAAAAGCAGCUUAUGAGCUCAUUAAAUCCGUGCCUGCUCAAUCUCAUGCUGGUGCAUGGGGUGCACUGCUUGGGGCCUGCAAAUUAUAUUCUGAUUCCGAGCUCGCAGAAGUGGUAGCGUCUCGAUUAAUGGAGCUCGAGCCUCAAAAUGCUGCUAAUUAUGUGCUAUUAUCCAAUAUCUAUGCUUCUGCUGAAAGGUGGUUGGAUGUGUCUGUUGUGAGAAACCAAAUGAGUGAAAGAGGGAUCAGAAAAAUACCCGGUUGCAGCUGGAUUUAAUCGAACACAUUGUUUAUACGUUGUCUGCAAUUUAAACUGCACCAGCAUUGAUCUAACUCGGUUUAGCAUCUUCAUUUAUUAGACUAUCAAUAUCAUUGCUAUAUUGGAAUUCAGCAUUGGUAAAAAGGUUAAUUCAGCUUAUUGUUUUCCCCACACAUUGGUUUUAUUGGUGAAAUAUUCAUUUUUGCAGAAAUGUUUCGGUCGUAUGUGAUGAAAUAUGCUACCGAACUGAAAUUGAAGUUAAUCACUGACAACUCAGUUGUGUUCCAAGUAAGACAUAGCCACAGCAGCAUGAAGAGCUGCUCCAAUUGGAAGGGCCUCCUCAUCAAGGACAAAGUGCGGUGAGUGCAGUGGCCGGUUUGAUCUCAGAGUAUCAUUCCUUAUCCCAAUCCCGUAUAUGGUGGCUGCAAUCUUCUGUGACAAGAAGCCAAAGUCUUCUGCUCCCAUGGUCCAUGGAAGGAGUUGCACAUUGGAUUCUCCAAAUUAGGGACUUCGUUUAGAAGGCGCAAAACUUACUCCAGCCUCGAGAGGAUCGGUUUCACGAGAUACAAUUUGUUGAAGAGCUUGAAUUAUAAAAGCUGUUGCUAGAACUGGGUCCUUCGUCUUAUGUGGGGCUGCAGCAUGUCCACCCUUUCCUCGUAUCAAGGCCGAAAAGUGUCCUGCUCCCGCACAUACUGGACCAGGCCUCGAGGCUAUGACACCGGUUGGUAAGGUGGGCAAGACGUGCAAUGCAAAGAUUCCAUCUAUAUCGUCAAGGGCAUCUUCUUGUAGCAAUUGAUAAGCUCCAUUACACUCUUCUCCUGGCUGGAAAACUAACUUCACAGUUCCCUUCAAAUAACAACAUAUACAAGUAAUCCUGGUCAGUCCCCUUCCCAGGCUUUCUUUCAAGGUUUUUAAUACGGCGUCUAUUAGGGAGAGAUUUCCACGUCUUUAUAAAGAAUGUUUCGUUCUCCUCUCCAAUCAAUGUGGAAUCUCACAGAUUAUCAGACCUUAGAGCAAGGAUAGAAAGCAAUAAGAGAGAGUACCUGAAGAGGAAGGGCAUCCAUGUCUGCUCUAAGAGCAAAAACAGGUCUAGAUGAAGAAGAAGAAGAAGAAGAAGAAGCCCCUUUAAUGGAAGCCACCACUCCAGUCUUGGCAACAGGCCAUUGGUAACUGAUGCCGAGCAAGUCGAGCUCAGACCUCACGAGUUGACUCGUUCUGUACUCUUCAAAUCCCACCUCUGGAUACUCAUGAAUUCUCCUUCUAACUCCUUUUAUCCACUCCAGGAACUCCCCUUCCCUUGCCAAACCCAAUAACUUCCGUGUCAGUGAGUGUAGCUCCAACCCAUCUCCACCGUGCUCCACCUCCGACGCCGACGGCCGCCACAACGCCACUCCAAAAACAAGCAUCCAACAAAACAACUUGAACUCCAUGCCGCCGCCGCCGCCGCCUGCCAUCUCAAAAACAAAUGCUUCCAAUGGGUAAUAUAAUGUAUCUAUUUGAUAUUGGAUGGCCAUAGUUAUAAACUACAUAUUUGAUUUGGGAACUGACAUCGAAAUUGAGAAUAAUAAUGGGGUUUCUAAAAUA